GGCCUAUUGGGCUAGCCCAACCCUUAAUCCACUCUUCAACUGGCCCGUCGAGUCACCGACUUAUGCUGGUUCCAUCUAGCGGAGCUUAAACAAUUAAUGGGUUCCGGCUUUCUGGAGAGUUCACCGGUAAAAUUCCUGCUUCAACGAUGGAGUUAGGGGCGAAGGAGGAAGAGAACAGAAUAGGAUACAACAGCAACAACGUGAAGAAGGCGAGAUUGCAUUCAACCCUUGCCGCUCUCCUCGACGAUCCCAUUCUCGGCGAUGUCCCCAAGAAACCCACUUUAUCGGACGUGGAUACCCUCAUCAACCUCGAACUGGGCAGUGCCAUGCGCAUCUCUGUCCUCAAAUUAGACUGCACCUCCUUCGAUGUCGCGGUAAUGAAUUCAGCUACGGUUAAGGAUUUGAAACUUGCGAUAAAGAAAAAUGUGAAUGAAACGGAGCAAUCUAAGAUGGGUCAUCGCCACAUUUCAUGGAAGCACGUAUGGGAAAAUUUCUGCCUAGCAUACCAUAAUGAGAAGCUGUUUGAUGAGAAGUCUGGGCUUCAGGAUUUUGGCAUACGGAAUAAUUCCCAGGUGCAUUUUUUGCCCCAUGUUAUGUCAAAGGGUUCUGGGCGACAUUCAAAGAGGAGAAAACACCGGUUCUUUCAUGGCCUUAACAAGUUGGCAUGAAGACACCUACAGCCAAGCUGUAGUGGUAGUGUAUCUGGUCCCCUGGCUCAUGACCAGGUUUCAAAUUGCAGGAUAGUCCUGCCUUGUAAUAUAGAAAUUCCCUUAACCCCUCGCAUGUUUGAGAAAGCAAAGAAAAGAAAAGUUGGCAUGAAGCAAACCAAUCAUGCUCUCAAUCUCAAAAGACUAGUUUGUUUCUGCUAGUAUCUGUGGACGUAAACAUGUAAGAGUUGCUAUUAUCAAAUUUAUUUUCCACGUAUUAUAUGGAAAAUUUUGUUUUCUGUGAUUUCGCUGCAAAAUUUCUGUUGUUUGUGGAAAAAUUUUGGUUGAAGAUAGACAUACAAUUGGAAUGAAUCUAUUCAUUUUCG